UUUACGUAUAUGAUUUUCAUGAAGGAAUAACGAAGUAGAACAACAAGAAGAGAGAGAGAAACAAUGGAGAAUGAACAAUUGUCCUCAAGGAGGCCAUCAAUAGGGUUUCCUCUUGGUUUAGCCCUUCUUUUGGUCUUUUUAUUUUGCAUAAGUGCUCUUCUUCUUUGCUAUUUCAACUGGAACAAGCGUCGGAAUCUUAUCUUUGGAUCAUCCGAUCAAAACUGGGACGCCGACGAUGAUGAUAUUGAAUCAGAUGUCGUCGAUCAUUCAUCGGAGCUUCGAGAUUCAUCUACUAUAAUGACGCCAAAAGAUAAAAUUGUAGGGCAAAGCCUGCUGGUUCUGAUGGCAGGAGAUAAGAUCCCAAGGUUCAUAGCAAUGGCUUGUCCAUGUGAGCCACCGAGAACGAAGAAGAUAGCCAUAACAUUAUCGAAACCUCCGCCUCUUUCAGUGCCAUUUCACUAUUCGUAAAAG